CGCUGGCAUCGUCCGUAGCCUUUAGUAUAGUCAGCAAUUUCAUUCUUAAAAGUACUUACUGUGCGUUUCCUUCAAAAUGGAUUCGGAUCUGAUGGACUUUUUCGAUUUUUCGAAGCAGUUCAAGCGGGGCACAGCACUGAAAGGGUGUAUAACUGGCGAUCCGAAUGCCCUUACAACAGAGAGUAGGGACUCCAAGCCUAUCAAGCGCGAGACAAUCGGCACAGAUUAUGUGAACGAAAUCGUAGAGAAAGAAAAGCAACUUAUGAACAAACUCGUCGAUGGUCAAAGUGUGGCGAAACGUAAUCGAACGCUCGAUGAAUUGGACAGCGAUGAUGAGGAGGAGAAUAUUCAAGAGGUGCCCAGCGUGCGCUCAGAUGAAGCAUAUUAUGAGAAAUACCGAUUCGAUUUAAAUCGCAACAAAAAUCUGCCAAUCUACGCGCAGCGUGAACAGAUUAUGGAAGCCAUCAGAGAAAAUCCCGUUGUCAUAUUGAAGGGCGAAACAGGCUGUGGUAAGACUACACAGGUGCCGCAAUAUAUUUUGGAUGAGGCAUUUAAACGGCGCGAAUUUUGUAAUAUUGUCGUCACGCAACCGCGCCGCAUUGCAGCUAUUUCGAUUGCCAAUCGUGUUUGCCAGGAGAGACAGUGGCAACCGGGCACUGUUUGCAGCUAUCAGGUUGGUCUACAUCGGCAGUCAAAUGUGGAGGACACUCGUCUAUUGUACUGCACCACAGGCGUUUUGCUGAACAAUCUCAUACGCCUGAAGACGCUCACCCAUUAUACGCACAUUGUCCUGGAUGAAGUGCACGAGCGUGAUCAGGACAUGGACUUUUUACUGAUUGUAGUGCGACGUCUGCUCGCGAUGAAUUCACGCCACGUUAAAGUCAUCUUGAUGUCGGCUACAAUUGAUACGCGCGAAUUUUCCAAAUAUUUUGCCACCAGUUCAGCCUUCCCGCCGGUGGUCACCGCCAGCCAUGGACGCAAAUAUCCGCUGGUCAAAUACUAUCGCGACCAGCUGAAAAAUAUUCACUGGAAGGAUGAGCCGCAGGAGAGAGAACCGGGCAUUGGACCUGAGGGCUAUGCUGACGCCAUAAAAAUUCUUUUGGUUAUAGAUAAUAUGGAACGCAAGGCAGUCGGCCAAUCCCUACAAUCCUAUGAAGAAGCUAAACGCACCGGCUCCGUGCUCAUCUUUUUGCCGGGCAUUAAUGAGAUUGACACAAUGGCGGAUCAUAUAACCAGCGUCAUGGAAGAGAAUCCUAGCAUGAAAAUCACCAUUGUGCGCUGUCAUUCGUUGAUGGCGCCCGAAUCGCAGGAGGAAGUCUUUCAGCCCCCAUUGCCUGGCCAUCGCAAGAUCAUACUGACAACCAACAUUGCGGAGAGCUCAAUAACUGUGCCAGAUGUCUCUUAUGUAAUUGAUUUUUGCCUCACUAAGGUUCUGCACACCGAUACGGCAACCAAUUACAGCUGCCUCCGUUUGGAAUGGGCUUCCAAGGUUAAUUGUCGUCAACGUGCUGGACGCGUUGGUCGCCUGCGUAGCGGACGAGUUUACCGCAUGGUCUCUAAAGCCUUUUAUUUGGAGGAGAUGAAAGAGUUUGGCAUACCCGAGAUGCUGCGCUCGCCGCUUCAGAACUCGGUGCUCAAAGCCAAAGAGCUUGAGAUGGGAAGACCUAGUGAAAUUCUAGCGCUGGCCAUGUCACCGCCAAAUCUUUCAGACAUACAGAACACGGUAUUGCUGCUAAAGGAGGUGGGAGCCUUGUACACUACAGUGGAUGGCGUUUACGAGGAGCUUGAUGGUGAUCUUACCUACUGGGGUACAAUUAUGUCACGGCUUCCGCUUGACGUUCGUCUAAGUCGCCUUAUCAUACUGGGCUACGUCUUCAAUUGCCUGGAGGAGGUCAUUGUUAUAGCUGCUGGCAUGACUGUGCGCAGCUUGUAUCUGACGGGAAAACGUAGGCAAGUGAAUGAUGCCUUUUGGAUGCAUUACAUCUUUGCCGAUGGUUCCGGGUCCGAUAUGGUUGCCAUUUGGCGUGUGUAUCGAAUCUAUUUGAACAUGUGCCAGGAUCGAAUGCUUAAGGAGUCAGCAGAACAAUGGGCCAGACGCUUUAACGUUAAUUUGCGCUCGCUCAAGGAGAUGCAUUUGAUGGUGCAGGAAUUGCGUCAGCGUUGUGCAUCUGUUAAUUUGCAGCCCUUACCCUAUGGAACUAGCCAGAUGUGGGAUGAUCGCGAAAAGUCCAUAAUUCUCAAGGUUAUCAUCGCUGGCGCUUUCUAUCCCAAUUACUUUAUGCGCAGCAACAAAUCAAAUGCAGACUACGAUCGCAGUUUGUUUCAAUCUAUUUGUGGCAAUGACCCAUGUCGCACCGUCUUCUUCACCCACUAUGAGCCCCGCUACAUGGGCGAAUUAUACACACGACGCAUAAAGGAGCUCUUCUUAGAGGUGAAAAUUCCACCGGAGAACAUGGACGUUACCUUUCUGCACGGCUCGGAAAAGGUGUUUGUCACAUUUAAGGCGGACGACGAUGAAAUGGACACCACAAAAGUCGUGCAGGUGCCGGGUCGCGUCAUGACCGAGGUUUACAAAGCGGUACGCAUGCGACUUGAUAAUCAAAAUCGUCCAUUGCGUGUUAUGGAUCAAAACUCGGCCCUUAGGUACGUGCAGGACCGAAAAAUUGGCGUGGUUAAUGAGUGCACCUGGUUUCCGCCAGCCAAUCAAUGGAAUGUUGAGCUGCUUACACUGCCAUCUGUCUUUGCCAAGCACAUUACUGGUCUUAUUACUUAUAUUGUAAGCUGCGGCAAGUUUUAUUUCCAGCCACGUGCACUCGCUGAGAGUAUUGCGAGCAUGUCAGAGAUAUUUAAUGGACCGCAGCAGCUGAGCUGUCACGUGCGGAAUGCGCGCGCUGUUACGAAGGGUCUGCAGCUGCUGGCCAAGCGUGGACACCUCUUCCAACGCGCUGUAGUCUUAAGGAUAGAGACGCAGACAAAUGGGCAUCCCAAGUUUCGUGUACGUUUCAUUGAUUAUGGAGAUGUGGCAGUACUGCCCAUGGAUCAGUUGCGUCUGAUGCCGCAUGAGUUGAAACGCGACUUUGAUCAGUUGCCGCCGCGCAUGUUCGAAUGCCGCUUGGCUCUGGUCCAGCCAUCGACGGUGACAAGUUCGUAUAACCGCUGGCCCAAGGCGGCAAACGAUAUGUUGAUCUCGGUCGCCAAAUGCGGUCAUCUAGAGCUGGAGGUCUAUUCGCUGGUGAAUAACGUGGCCGCUGUUUUGAUACACAUGCGCGAAGGCGUGCUCAACGAUAGACUGGUGGAACGCCAGUUAGCUCGACGUGCCGACGAGGACUAUAUGUCGCGCAAGGAUCACGACUUGCGCAACCGCAAGCAGGAGGCCAAACGUAAUAUUCCCGUCUCAGAGCAGGAGUGCAUCAAUGAAGAGUAUCUGCGGUUUGCCCAGCUUCCAAAGGAUGUGGAUUUGGAGCCGCCACCUCUAGAUAAAUGCAAUCUCAGUAUACGCCUAAGGGGACCUUUCAGUCCGCUCGAGACUAGCAUGAAUUCAAUGCUUCGUAUUGGGAUGUAUAAGUCGGUGACAAUUGACAAAGACUCGGUGAAUGCUGUAUUGUUGGAUACCGAUCCACAGGAUCGUCACGAUCAGAUGGUGGUGGCUGCCUCAGUGACCGAGACAGACAACACUGAAAGGUUGACGGCACGCGGCACAACUUUAAUGCCUAAUAUACAUGGCUUCGGUGCACUCAUGGCCAUGUUAUUCUGCCCCACCAUGCAAAUCAAAUGCAAUAAGGAUCGUACAAAGUAUGUUUGCCUCUUGGCCGGCCUCGGCUUCAAUCCCGAAACUAUGGAGCCGUAUUUCGCAGAGCAUGAUAUGGUCAUUAAUUUAGAUGUCACCAUACUUAAGGAUGAUAUCCGAAUUAUAAACCAAAUGCGUUAUAAUAUUGACAGCAUGUUUUACAAUUUCGAUGCCAACGAAAUACCUUCGGUGGGUACGGAGGAUCGGGUUGUCAUAUUCAAUCAAUUGCGUUCUUUGUUAACUCGAUUGCUUGGCAAGGAUCGGAGUUUUAUUGAACGUCACGUGUCAAAUUCGGAAUAUCUUUGGGAAGACAUGUCUGACCUGGAGCCACCUUCGGAACCAUAUGGCAAGCGUGCUAUAUUCCCCAUGCACAGCUCAUAUGAUUUGGAGAAUGAGAAUUUGAGCAAUUUGUUGGAGCUACAAGCGAAUUGCAAGCUACUAUACGACUGGCGAAACUUCGAGGGUAAUUUGCAGACCCAGACAUGUAGACUGUGCAACGAGUCGCUCGAAAGCGUCGCCGAGUUGCGUUUGCAUUUGCUGACUCAACUACAUCGGGAUCGGGAAAAGCAAGUUGGCUAUAAGCAGCAGUAAAAUAAAAAUCAGUAUAACACAAUUUAGUUCUCUUAAAGUGCAGUUCACGUUGGGUUUGUGAAUGACAGUCUGACACAACAAUUAUAGUUUUAUACCUAAAUACGUUAUUACAAGAAGAUAACUUCUAAAUCUAUCGAAUAAAGCAAAGUACUUUAAGCAAAUGA